UUCCAUUGGAUGAAAUCUAAUAUGAAAACGUCAUACAUAAGAACGAGACAAAAAAAUUUCGGAUAGUUACGCCUUAGCCAUUUCUAUCGACCACACAAAUUGUCGUUCGUUAUGCACGUGGAGUGAAGUUUCAUGCUAAAUCAGCCUACCAUCGAGAAAUAAAAAGAGGAAGUAUGAACGAAUAAAACAUAAUCUAGGCCUUCUUAUACUUGCGGUUACCAACAAUAUCUCGAGUACACAUCGAUUUCUUUCAAAUGCAAAAUCCAGACCCUAUUGACGAGGUGAACUACCGUCGUAAUGACAAUGCUGAGGACCCCGAGAACGACCAAGACACAUAUCAUCGAAGACCCAGCAAUGGCCUUGAAGUUUUGGAUGAUACCAAAAAAAAAUUGACAUGGCGCCAAAUACGCUUGCUACUCAUUAGCAGUACAGGUUUUUUUAUGGAUGCUUAUGAUAUCUUCAUCAUCAAUUUGGUUGUUCCCAUGCUCGGUUAUGUGUACUAUGCAAACUCAACGCCUCCCAACAAAGUACCAAGCGCUGUACAGGGACCUUUGAAGGGUAUGACUUCUCUUGGACAACUUAUAGGGCAGCUCUCUUUUGGCUAUAUCAGUGACAGAUGGGGACGUAAGAAGAUCUAUGGUGUCGAAUUGAUCAUUAUUACCAUUGCCACCAUAUUUUGUGCCACCUCGGCGUCGGCUGAAGCUGGCUUGAGCGCCAUUGCGUUCUUGGGUUUCUGGAGACUGAUUCUGGGAGUUGGAAUUGGCGGUGACUAUCCACUUUCUGCCACUAUUACUUCAGAAUGGGCCGUUGCCAAUCGCAGAGGCCAAAUGAUUGCCGCCAUUUUCUCUAUGCAAGGGUUUGGCAAUGUCGCAGCUGCUCUUGUCACUAUUAUCGUCUUGGCUUGUUUCAAGACACCCGUUAAUAAUAACGUUGUAAAUCUCGACUAUGUAUGGCGUAUAUGCAUCGGCCUAGGAGCAGUACCUGCUGUGGCCACCAUCUACGCUCGUCUGACGUUGCCUGAAUCUCCCAGGUAUUCUGCUGAUGUCAUAGGAGAUCAAAAAGCAGCACGAAAGGCUUUGGAGGAUCAAAAAUGGGUAACAUCAGAAGACGGAGAAAGAAGACGACAAACUAUUGACGCUGAUGGCAAUGGUGCAGAGUAUGAAAAAAAUAUUAAAGUCAUAAAUUCAAACGUUUCACAAACCGAAGAGGACGAUUCCAGUUACAAGGAGCAUCGUAUCAAGCAACAGCAAGACUUUAGAGCUUACUUUUCAAAGUGGUCCAAUCUCAAGGUUUUACUUGGUACAUCACUCAGUUGGUUCCUUAUGGACAUCGCAUUUUACGGAAUCAACUUGAACCAGUCAAUUAUUUUAACUGAAAUUGGAUUUGCCCCUUCAGGGCUUUCACCAUGGGAUACCUUGUUCAAGCAGGCGAUUGGAAAUUUGAUCCUAUCAGUACUCGGUGCUCUACCUGGCUAUAUAGUAACUGUAUUCACUGUUGAGAAAUUAGGUAGAAAGCCUAUUCAGUACCUCGGAUUCUUCGUGUGUGGAGUGCUUUUUAUCAUUCUAGGAGCUGCAUGGUUCCCCAUCCGCAGUGUUAAUGUCGCCUUGUUCAUUGUCUUAUUCGCCAUCAUUCAGUUCUUUUUCAACUUUGGUCCCAACACCACUACUUUCAUUUCUCCUGCUGAAGUAUUUCCUACGCGUCAUCGAUCCAGAGCUCACGGUAUUGCUGCAGCCAGUGGUAAAGCCGGAGCUAUCAUUUCUACCUUUGGAUUCAACGCUUUAGCAGAUGUUGGAGGUCCACCUGGAGCAGAAACCUUCUUGCCCAAUGUUCUUAUCAUCUUUGGCGUUAUCAUGCUCCUCGGCAUGCUCACCACCGUUUGGGUCCCAGAAAGUAAAGGCAAGAGUCUGGAUUACUUUGAGCGCGAGCGUCUGAACGAGGGUGGUAUCAGAUCGUUGUUCCGCAGAUCUAGACGAACCGGAAACGAUGAAGUCGAAUAAUUGUUGUUAAAUAUGUAUGCCUUUCUACUUAUAUAAAUAUGAAAUUACAAAAGAUAUAUGUUUAAUAUAUCUGCCCCCC